UUAGAAGCAUCGUUACGUAUAGUCGGAGGUUUUCUGUUCUCACUUUGAAUUCCAUUUCCAGACGAGUCUAUCUUCAUGUUGCUUGUGGACAAUAAUCGAGGGUUCUUUUCAAUCAUGAGGGGAAAGAGGUUCCUCAAGUGUUCAAUCAGUUCAUGUUUGCUUAGGGUGCGGAACAAGCCCAAAGAGUUGGAAACCCCUCGACACGUUUCUUAAGCAGUCAUCAUCCGCCAUUUUUACCGUACAAAAUUCUUCACUGUGGGGAAAGUUAAAAUGAAAAUGGAAAAUUGCACGCUGCGAGCCUUUCUUUGUUGUUUACUAAUUUUGAACCGUUGAUUUUGUAUUGGAAAGUCAAACAUUUCCUUUCCUUCGAAAUUAACAGCGAAGAAGCAACAGCGAAAUCUCUCCCUCCAUUUCCCGAGAGAAGAGCUGGCUUAGCUUCCCAUCCCAAUUCGGCAAUUACCCAUGGCCAUUCAGCAAGCAAUGCCCAUUAAUUAACUCUCUGGCUGGACAAAAUCCUAUCCUAUCGCUUAUCCAGCCUCAUUUUUGUCUCCAAUUUUCUUUUCUACCCCCAAAGCAGAUUUGUAGAAAGAUUGGUGGAAGAGUAAGGGUUUAAAUUUGAUUGUUUUUUCUCUUUUUUUCUGAAUACAUUUCGAAUUUAAUGGCCGCUUGUAAACGCGUGGGUCAAAUUGGAACCAGUUUGGGGAUGAAAGGAGGAGUUUCCAGAUUUAGAGGAUUUGUUCCACCGAUCGUGGUGUCCCCUCUUGAUACGGCGGCAUUUCCUCCCUCGGGGAUUCGAUUGUCAGCUUCCUCUGCUUCAUUUUCACGAUGCAGGCAGAUGUCACAGCUCGUUAAAUCUAAUGGAAAGCGAUUGUUUCUCGUCGACACCUUAGCUUUGGUUAGGAGAUUGGAGGCGGAAGGUCUGCCUUCCAAACAAGCCGAGGCGAUAACAGCAGCCAUAACCGAAGUUUUGAAUGACAGCUUGGAAAAUGUGUCUCUUUCAGUUGUUUCCAAGGCUGAGAUGCAGAAAAGUGAAAUGAUUCAAGAAUCCAAUCUGUCCAAGCUCAAAUCAGAAGUUCAUAGCUCUCAGGAGAACCAUUUUUCUUUACUGCAACAUGAGACUGAAAAACUUCGGAAUGAUAUAGAGAAGAUGCGCAGCGAAUUAAGAUAUGAAAUUGACAAAGUCACUGCAGGGCAACGAUUGGAUUUGAAUCUUGAAAGAGGGAGAAUACGAGAUGAGCUAACAAAUCAGACUGCUGAAACAUCUAACCUCACUAACAAACUUGAUCGGGAAAUCCAUGCAUUAAAGGCUCAAUUGGAAGCUGCAAAAUAUGACUUGAUAAAAUACUGCAUAGGGACACUUGUUUCCAUAUCUGCUGUUGGUCUAGCUAUAGUUCGUAUGCUAAUGUAAACAUGUAAUGUCAGCAUAACCCCUUCUGGGGGAAAGAAGUAGCUCUCCUUUUUUCUUCUUUUUAAAUCGAAAAUAGCUCAUUUUUUUGUGAAGCUAUUGCUUGUACCACUUGGACUUCGCUUAGCUUAGCUCAAGUGAUUAGGAUGGGUGAGUGGGUUUGGGUAGGGACGUCAAGUUUGAGCCUUAUAGCUCUCUUCUUGUAUAACAAAGUAAAAUAAUAUGCUGAAGCUGUUGUAUGUUUAAAAUUUUUGAAGAAGAAAUGAAAGAAAAGUUCAAUCAUA